AUGCUCAUUCACAGGAUCUUCCAAGUUGUCACAGUGAUCGAUUGUGUUGUGGGGAUGAUGGCCAGUGGGUUUAUUGUGUCCGUUGGGUCUACAGACUGGAUGAGAAGGAGAAAGCUGCCCGCCUGCGAUAGGAUCCUCAUCUGUCUCUGUUCAUCCCGGCUUCUUCUCCAGGGAACCAUCUUGCACGCGACUCUCUUCCCAGAGCUAACCCAAUGGAACGUAGUCAGAGGACACUCGGUCUUGCUCGUCUUGGCCAGCACGGCUUGUCUUUGGUUUGCAGCCUGCCUCAGCGUUUUCUACUGCCUGAAGAUUGCCACUUUCACCCAGCCGUGCUUUCUGCUAAUGAAGCUGAGAAUCUCUGCGAUGGUUCCUCAACUUCUUCUGGGGUCAGCGUUGAUCUCUUUGGUCUCCUCCCUCCCUUUCCUCUGGGUGGAUUACAGCAGUCACCUCUGCAACUCGACCAGGAGUCAUCUGAAGAACAUCUCCUUUGAAAGCCCCACUGGGAACAACAUCUCCUACUUCAAAGGUUUCGUCAUGUAUGUGACUUGGGCAGUCGUCCCGCUUCUUUUCUUCAUCGCAUCUUCCACCCUGUUAAUUGCUUCUCUGUGGAAACACAUCAAGCAGAUGAGACAAAACGCAACGGGCUUCAAGGAUUCGAAGACUGAAGCUCAUAUCACUGCCAUUAAAUCUCUGAUCUCCUUCCUAAUGCUCUACAUCUGUAGCUUUAUAGCUGAGAUUCUGCUGGGAAUCCCUUCCUGCCAAGCUAUGAGCCGAUGGAAACAUAAUAUCUGUUCGCUCUUGAUUGCUGUAUGCCCUUCAGUCCAUUCCAUUCUUCUGGUUCUCCUUAAUGUUAGACUGAAGCUGGCAGUCAAAAGCAUUCUGCUUUACAUGAAGUGCCAUCGGAAACAAGACUCUGCCAAAGCUCUUUGGCAAGAAAGAAAAAGUAUGUCUUCUAGCUAG